UUUAUCCGCGGUGUAUUCCAUUACAGUGUAUUCCUGCGAGGACAGGUUAGAUCAAGACGUAUUGUUGUGUAUUGCGUUUUAGGAAACGUUUAUACUAACAACGUUAUCACUUCAGAUAUUACUCGUUGCUACAAAAGUGUGUGUUAAAAAAUACCUGAGAAACAAUGUUGCGUGUCGGAGUUAGAACUGUUCGCAGCGCUUUAGGAAGCAGAAGUUUUGCAAAUGCACCGGCCCAGGCACAAACAGAUUCGACAGCCUUUAAAGUUCAGGAUACAAAAGAUUUUGAUGAUCGCGUAAAGAAGUCCAAGGUGCCUGUGAUCGUUGACUUUUUUGCAACAUGGUGCAAUCCAUGCCGCAUGCUCACACCACGUAUAGAAUCAGUAAUCGCGGAAAAGCAGGGAAAAGUUUUGUUAGCGAAAGUCGAUAUUGACGAGAACAGUGACUUGGCUUUGGACUACGAGGUUGGUUCUGUACCAGUAUUAAUUGCUAUGAAGGACGGAAAGGUUUUAGAACGUGUUGUUGGUCUUCAAGAUGUAGAUAAGCUUAAACAGUUUGUAGAUAAGUAUACAACAGAGUAAUGUAAUUUAUUUUAACUACGAUCAUGAUUGAAAUAUCCUGUAGUUGACGGAACACUUGUAUAAUUUUUUGUACAAGAAUAUUUCCUGUUAAUAAGUACAAAAUGGAACUUUUUAACAGUGUAUAGCCCUUAAUUUAUAGGGAAUUGUUGAAAUUGUUAAAUAAAUCUUGUACGUGUAAUAAA